GGCUUCGAGACGCGCGGUCAGCUGGACGUGGUGGUGUUGAGGCGUGCCGAGUGGACUACAUUUCACGUGCAUAAAUACUUUCCCUUUGCCUUAUAUUGGUGCUGACACCACUCAUGAUUUGUCUGCUGACACCCUAACACUGGUGGCCAUCAACUAUUGUACAACAGCUCGCUUACUAGACAUAUCACUUGUGAAAACAACUCAGGUACAUAAUGUCAACACGAGCAUUAAGGAAAUUACAGGGGAGGCGUCAAGACCUGGACAUUCCAAACAGCUGUCUUGGUGAUGAUGAGGAAGAACAAGAUGAGGAGGAAGACCAAGAUGAGCAGCUUGCCAAAGAAACCCUCUUACUCCCCUCAAAGGGUCCCAACAGGUUUGAUUUGUUAGUACAAGGCUCCCCAUCUGAGUCUGAGGUAAAAGAGGAUGAUGACAUCAGUGACAACAGUGACUUCCGAGAGGAUGGCCAGCGGGACGGAGCCUCACCCCAGCCACCUGUUGGUUCUGGAGCCAAACGGAAACGUAAGAAAAAGAAGAAGCGAGGAAGAGUGAGAAUUCCAGCAAGUAGUGAAGAUCCAACUGAUAAUGACAAGGAUGACAUAGACAACAUUAUAGAAGAAGUAAAUGCCAUCACCAGUGGAGCUCCCCAACAAGCUCCCAUUGAAAAAACAUCAAAUGACAAAGUAAAGAAAAAUCUUCUUAACGUAGAACACAAGCACCUCAAUCCACAGAAUGAAAUGAAGAGAAUAUUUGGGUCAAGGGUCGUGCAGGCAAAUGAAAACAAAACCUUUAAUGAACCAAAGAUUGAACCGACAGAAGAAGGCACGGAUGUAAUUGAAGUGUUGGAGGAUGAAGUGUGUGAAAUGCUGGAAGGAUUGGAUGUAAGGAAAGCACAAGGGCCUGAUGGAGUAUCAAAUUGGGUGUUGAGGAAUAGGGACUUAGACAAGAUCUGGGAGUGGAGCAGAGAGUGGCAAAUGGAAUUUAAUAUCAAGAAGUGUGGAGUGAUGAAUUUUGGUAAGAGCAGUAUGAGACCAGUGUACAGAUAUAAGAUGGGGGAUGAGGAAUUGGAAAUAAAGACUGAAGAGAAAGUUCUGGGAAUAACUGUGACGGAGGGGCUCUCGUCAGAGGUUCAUGUAAAAAGGAAAUCUGGUGAAGCGUACAAUUUAGUAAGGAACAUAAGGACUGCAUUCUGCUACAUGGAUGAAGAGAUGAUCAAGAAGUUGAUUGUUACAAUGAUUAGACCCAGGUUGGAGUAUGCAGCGAGACAGUUCAGAUUUCUAGAUGCAGUUGAGUCCCUUAAUCCAGAGAACAUCAUGAUGUUGCUUAACCAAGAACCUUUCCAUGUGGACACACUUCUUCAAGUAUCAGAAAUCUUCCGUCUAGGAGAUGACUCUGCCAUGGCAGCACAGUUGAUAGAACGAGCUUUAUUUAUCCUUGAAUCUGCCACUCAUCCUCUCUUUAACAUUACCACUGGCAGUUGUAGAUUACUCUAUCAACAACAGGAGAACCGGAGCCUAUUUAUUGCACUCUUCCGACACAUACUUAACGUGGGCCAGAAAGGUUGCUAUCGCACAGCGCUGGAACUCUGCAAGCUGUUACUUAACCUCUCACCAGAUGAUGAUCCCUUAGCUGUGUCUCUCAUGAUGGACUUCUAUGCUCUACGGGCCCAAGAAUACAGUUGGCUAGUGAUGUUGUAUGACACCUAUGAACCUACCAAAAAUCUUUCCAUGCUUCCCAACUUCAGCUUCUCAGUUCCACUUGCACUGUACCACCUGAGUAAUGGCAGUGGCCAGACCAGCAGCCGAGACAAGAGGGAGUCCAGCAAGGCAGCAGCUCUGGCAGAAGAGCUGGGUAACCCUGAGACAAUGAGAGAGCGGGCUGAUGCCAUGUUGCAGCGAGCUCUCAUUACAUUCCCAGGUUUACUUCUCCCUCUUCUGGAUAAGUGCAGCAUUCAGCCUGAUCCAGUUGUUGCCAGUCAUGCUUUCUAUGGGCCCAAAGCACAAACAAACCAAAGCAAAGGUCUGAGCCAAUUAGUCAACCUGUAUGUGGGUCGCUGCUUUCAUGUUUGGAAGGAAGCUGGUGUAAUGCAUUGGCUAGAAGACAAUGUUAAGAAGACUCUAACUGAGGUUGACAAGAACAAUCCCUUGGUGAAGGAAGGUGAGGAGAUGAGGAAGGUUCGCUAUCAAGGAACUCCCAUGGCUAUCUACAGACAUAUUCUUAUGUCUGAAAUACGAACAGCAACAGCAGCCUUACCACCGGCCUUGGCUAACAAUCCAGUGAUGAGUUAUGAUCCAUUGCCGCCUCCUGAUACUACCUGUGGAUACACUCGUCCGAAGUCUACCAUCCAACAACCCACGGAAUCAUCCAAUAUCCUCACCACCUUCUUCCGUUCACUUCUCCCAAACUAUAAUCCUGAUGAUGAUGUCAAUCAUGCAAGGGAGCAACAGGAAGGGGCUGAGGGUGGUGGAGAUGGGGAGGGCCAUGGAGUAGGGGAUCUACGAGCUUCUGUCAACUCCCUUUUGGAUGCCAUGAGGGAUCUGUUAUCCAACCUCCAUCUCCCUGAGCCACCUGGCAAUGAGGCCGACAUGUCUGGAGAUGAUGAGGAACAUGAGUGGGACUGAUGAAUUUCAGUUGCAUAAAAAUUACUUAAAUAUUUAGUGUGGAUUAUUUUCAUAAUUGUUUUAAUGUUACAUAUUUAUCUUACAUUACUUGUAAUUUUGUGCCCAAUUUUUUUGUUUCUAUUAGUUUUAACCAAUGUUUCAGGGUGCAAUAAUGAUGAUAAUGAAUUAUUUAUAGUCAGAAGUAUUAUUAAAGUAGAUUUAGAGGCUUCAUUUCACAUAAAGAUUUCUAUCACAAAAGUCUCAUGUCUUGAACUUUUUCUGUUGUAAUAGAUGAUUGUUAUUAUUAUUAAGACGCCUGCUUCCAGCAUUCACUAGGACGUCAUUGCUGCAGCAUACCAUAUCUGCACAUUACAUCACACACACACACACACACACACACACACACACACACACACACACACACACACACACACACACACACACACACACACACACACACACACACACACAGUGGAGUGAAUUAAAUGCUGUGAGUGUAUGCAGAGAAACACUAAUUUCUAGAUUUCUUUAAGCUGUCUAACCUGUAUGCUCAAAUUUGUGCUGCAGAUCAUGAAGUUUCUGGUAAAGUCAAAGCAUUAUAUAAUUGAUUAUUUAACUUCAUUUUUUAUACUAAAGUGUGGACUGUAGCUAGAAAUAAAUGGCUGAAUAGAUAGGUAAAUAACUCACUAUUUGAUAAAUGCUGAAAUUCAUCGUUCCUUGGAUAUUUUAGAGCUUUCAUUUUAUGAAGGAAUGCAUUUCCACUAAGCACAUGUACAGGUUUCAAAUAUACAAAUAUGUGUAACAGUCAAAUAAUUUUCCUUUUUUUGUGUUGCUUUCAGUUUAGUAUAUCAAUUAUUUAAGUUCAAAUAACUUUAUUCUUUAAUAUCAGGUCAUAAUGCCCGAAACCAUUCAUUAGUUUUUCCACCAAAAGCAGAAGGAUUUUAAGUUAUAAUUCAUGUUCAGAAAGACGUCUAUAUGUAUUAGUAGAUUGAUGGAGACAUGAUCAACACAAAACUUCUAAACACUUAGUGGAAAGUUACUUGUUUUAUCAUUGCCAUCUUGAAUUGCUUUUCUUUAUUUUCUCAUAUUCUGACACGUAUGUUGCUUUCCUAAUUAUCUCACUCCUACAUAAUGGGUGCUGAGAACUUUCUAAAUCCCGAUUUUCACAUUGCUGAAGAUUUACAUCUCAUAAUCAUCUCUGCUCUGUCUCUAUUAGUAAACCCCGUGUUUCAUAUUUAUCAAUUUAUCUUCUUUUGUGUACAUGAAAGUGGCCUGCGAGACUAUCAUCCCUUUCCACCACAGUGGCGACAAAGAUAAAAUUGUGUGAGUGUGUAUAGAAUAAUAUGGCUGCUUUAUUUUUUUAGGAUAACGUGGUCCAUAAAUGUGAAUAAAGGUCCUAUUUGGA